AUGGAGGUGAAGGUGGCGGAGAACGAGCGGGAGGCGCUAGUCGUCGCGGCCGUGGGCAAGUUGGCAACGAAGAAGGCCGGGUGGGACCAGAAGGCCAAGCUGGCCGAGGUCGAGGCCGCCAUGGCCGUCGCCCGUCGCCCUCCGCGAGGCCGAGCUCCAGGUGGAGAUCGAGCGCAAGAAGGCCAAGUGCCUCGCCGAGAAGCUCAGGGCCGAGCAGCUCUGCAAGGACGCGGCGGCGUACGACACACAGGUGAUGGAAUCGAACGCCGCGUUGUACGGCCGGCAGAAGGCGGCGGAGGCGGCGCUGUUCGAGCAGGCGAAGGCCGCGGAGGCGUGGCUGUUCGAGCAGGGCGCGCCGACGCGCAGCUCCUAGAACGGAAGCUGGCCGAGGACGCGAAGCUGUACGCCAGCCAGAAGCAGGCCGAGUCCCCGGCGGCCAUCGGCGGUGCCAAGGCGGCGUACGUGGCGUCCAUGCUCGAGGCGCUCGGCGGCGACCACCGCGCGCUCAGGAACUACCUGAUGAUCGACAGCACCGGGGUGUGCCGCCAGGAGACGGCGGCGCGCGUCGAUGUCAGCGCCAGCGCGGCCGGCGGCAACAACGGCGUCCAGGGUGGCGCGAUGCAGCAGGUGUGUGGGAGGUGCUGUCGGCGGCGAAGAAGCAGGCUGGCGCGGUGCCGCCGGCAUCGAUGGGCGCCAAGGGCGACGCCGAGUUAUCUGAUGGUCGCCGUCUCCUACCCAUAUAAAGCAAGUGCUCUCCUUGAUGGUCGUGGUGUCUUGCCCGUCCGUGUCAAGAUUAUAGAUCGUACUCGUGUAGCGCCGUUGGUAAUUUAA